AUGCCGCCGGCCAUGAUUUGCACCCCCCCCUUUUGGACGCCCCCCUCUUGGCCGCCUCCGAUCUCUGUCACCGCCCCGAGGAUCGUCCCCGAGGGCUGCUCGAGCAUCAACUUCCCGCGCCUGCUCGGGGAGGACGGCGCGCGCGCAAUGCUGGAGGAGGCGCGCCGGGUAGGCGCCGCGGAGGCUCUCGCAAUGGGGCUGGUGCAGGAGGUCGUGGAGAUGCCGCGGUUGCUGGGCCGGGCCCGCGAGAUCGCGGAGGAGCGGGCGGCCCGGGGGCGGCCCAGGAGGUUCCUCGAGCUCGGGGGCGCAGAGUGGCACGCGGCCCUGAGGGAGGCGAACCGCCAGGAGUCGGUCGCGCUGGCCGAGUCCUUCCUCCAGCGCCCCUUCCUGGAGGGCCAGUACCUCGCAGCGGCGGCGAAGGGGGUGGACCAGCUCGAGUUUUGGAAGGCGCGGGACGGGGACCCGAACCCUACCGACGAGGACGAGGACCCCGUCCUUCUUCGAGCUGCGAUGGCCGCGGACGACGACCUGGACAGGCGCAUCGCGGAGGCCUCCGCCGCGGUCGAGGCCCUGCGGCUGCAGAGCAGCAAGCUGGACGAGGAGCUCGAGCUGCGCGCGGCGCGCGUCGCUCCACGCGCUGGUGGUGCCGAGGAAUUUGGCGCGCCAGGGCCGUCCGCCGCGCUCCCAGCACCCUGGGCGCCCGCGGCGCCGCCUGCCGCGGUCCAGGAGGCCCUUCAGCAGCCGCUGGACGCCACGCAGCCCUCGCCGCUGGGGGCCGCCCGCGUGGCCUCGGCCGAAGCGCAGCGCCCGGGCACCCCCAAGGAGGAGGACGAGCGGUGCCCCGAUGUGGCACCCGGCGCGGCCCUGCCCGCCUCUCGCACCUCGUCGCCAGCGGCGGAGGUGGCCGAGGCGCAGGCCUGGGAGGCGGCUCGGCCCACCGCCCGCAGCCCCUCGCCGGAGGAGCCGGCGGCGGCCGAGGGGGAGCCCGCGCCGCCCGCGGCGCCGGAGGCAGCGGCCGAGAGGCCUGGCGCCGACAGCCCCGACGCCGCAGAGGGCGGCGCGGCGGGCAGGGCGUGGGAGCGGCCCGUGGGCCCGCGCUUGGCAGGCCCGCGCCUGGCAGGCGUGGGAGUGGGCCCACCUCCUGUGGAGCGGGCAGCGCGGGACGGGAAGGAGCUCUGCGCCGCCCUGGGACGCGCGCUGGCGCCGGAAGGCCGCGCGGAGGCGGACGCCGCGCCGGCCCUGCGGGCGGCGUGCGAGUUUCUGGAGGACGCCCGGGACACGGUGGCCGAGUUCCAGUCCUGGCAGAACUCCACCGAGCAGCUCGGCGGGCCGGGCGUGGAGGUCGAGAUCGACGAGGUCAGGGUCUUCCAGGGCCCAGGGGUUCAGGGCAUCUGGGGUUCGGGCCCCCGCGGCUUCCACGCGACCCCGGUGGCGACCUCCGCGGCCAUCGAGGCCGCGGAGGUCCGCAUAGAGCGGCUGCGGCGCCAGCUCCGGGAGGCCGAGGACGACCUGCAAGCCCUCCAUGGCGUGGCUUGGCUUAGGCAGCCGUUCCUGAGGCUGCGCCGCGCCAUCGAGAUCGUGCACGCGGCAACGUGCCCCAACCAGCUGCCUACGGGCAAGUUGCGCGCUCGUUGCGGGGCGUGCGCCCCGGGCGACGUGGCCGCCGCCCUCGAGAUGAGGUGCAAGCGCGUGCGCGUCCGAACGAGGGAGGGCGGCGGGGACCUGGCCGAGGACGACGACUGGGAGCGGCGCCGGCUGGAGCGGAGGGCGCGGCUGCAGCGGCACGCGGGCCCCAGGGCCGCCCGCGGAGGGUCCGAGGGCCACGGCGAGGACCGCGCCGCCCCGGCUGCCGCGGCGCCCGCGCCGCGCGCGCCGCCCCGCGCGGCGGCAGGCGCGGGCGGGGGCCCCGCCGCGGCCGAGGCCCCCUCAGCGGGCGGGCGCGCCGCCGCGGCCGCGGCGCCGGCCACGGGGCAGGCGCUGCUGCAGGAGCUCGACGGUGCGUCGCGCCUCGGCUUCGAGGACCCGAGGUGGCUCUCGACCUGCGCGGCCCUCAAGGGUGGCGCGCACAUGCUCACCGUGGGCCAGCUCCUGCGCGCGGUGGAGUGCCUCGCCAGCGCACCGCGCGGCGCGGGCGGGGUCGGCGCGGCGGCAGCGAACUCGGCCUGCCGGGAGGCGGCUGAUGCGCUGCUCGCAUGCCUGGCACCGCAGCUCGGGAGCCUGGGCGUGGCCGCGGUCGUCGACGCGCUGCGGCUGAUGGCGUCGUUCGGGGUCGCGGAGCAGACCUACCUCGACAUGCUGCUCUCCCAACUCGCGGUCCUCGGGCGCCGCGACAGGGCGGCGCUGGCCGUCAGCGUGGUGGCGGCUGCCGGCUCCAUCGGCUCGCUGCAUGCCAACGGCGUCAGCGCGAAGAAGGCCGCCAGCGCAGCUGGCUCGGCCGCCAACAAACGCUGCGUGGAGUUCCUUGCCGAGGAGGUCGUGGCCAGACUGGGCGAGUUCCGCGAAGAGCAGCUCGCGGGAGUGGGCGCGCCCUUCGUCGUCAGCUUCCUGGACGACACGCAGCGCCGGGCCUUCCUCAGGAGGAGUGCCGAGCUGGAGGUCGGGCUGCGGGUCACCAGCAGCGAGUGGCUGGGCGCGAUGAAGGAGAUCGAGAGGGCGGUGCGCUCCCAGUCCUUCGCCUUCGUGGCCAGCCUGCCCGACCAGGCCAAGGUUUUUAUGAAGACGCUCCCAGCAACCAGGGUGAAGUUCGCGCACAGCUCGGAGUUUCAAGCGAUGGGUUUCGACAACACUGUUGAACGCACUGUCAAGCGCAUCAGGAAUGACGACUUCGGCUGCUGGCUGCAGCGUGAAACAGCGUAUCGGGCACGCAUCUUCUAUGAGACCAUACGUAAGGCGAACCGUUAUCCAGUUUCCCAGUCGGGCCAUACCCGAGAGCAGGCGUGCCACCGGGGUGUCGGGAUGGCUACGCCAGCUAGGAGUCUGCUGCUCGAGCGGGAGGAGACAGGCUACGGCGAGAACGACCCUCUGGUGGACCACGAGUUUCAGCAGUCGUCGGACGCAUCUGGCCCCGACCUGGCUGGGCUGCUGAGGUAUUGCAGGUUCCGCAUCGACGGGUUCGAGGGCGAGAAGCACGCGGUGUUCAUCCCAGAGGGCACGCCAUUGAGCAGGGAGCUAAUCCAGGAGAUCUGCGAGCUUCUCGACAGGGACCCCCCGUCGAUGACGCUGAGCGGACAGGGCACACUGCUUCACCCGAUGAUGAUCGCGACCCCGGAAUUGAGGGCCUGUCAGGGUUUCCGACCCCUCGUAGAGGAGGCCCACAGCAGCCUUGGCAUCCGCAAGAAGUCCGAGGGCUGCUGGUGUGGGGCCACCUCUGACGCGGGCCGGCCCGACGACGGCUCGCUGAGCGAGGCCCAGAGCCAGGCGCUUCAGGACUUUGCGAACGCAGUGCUGGACAAGAAGAUCACAUCGAUGGUGGGUUCGAUCGCAAGCGCGGCCAGCGAGACGAACACCUGGUUCCUCACGGGCCCCACUGUGUCGACCUUCGACGUCUUCCUCCAGCAGUGCGUGCAGUGCGACUGCGCGGAGCCAUUCCGGGUGGUCGCCGCCCACAUGCAGGACGCCGCUUGGAUGCGGUGUAAGACUUCGAUCGAGCUGAUGCGGAUGCUCUUCGCCAAGUCCAGGCCCCUGAACUCGUGCUGCGCCGAGGAGCUGGAGUGCACUGAGCUGCCUGGAUCAUUUUGGCAGCCGGAGUCCAACCAGGCCAACCCGGAGUUCAGCCAGCACGGCUUCGGCUUCUGGUCGUUCCAGAAGGCCUCGUCGGCAUACGCAGAUCGCCACCCUGUCACCCAGUUCCCGUGGCCGUUCGCAGACCUGUUCCUGCUCAGAUUUCGCGCCCUCCACGACGGGGUGCCGUCUGCGCCGGUGCAAGCUGACUGGACCUUCGCCACUGAGCAGGCGUUAGACAGCAACGCUGCGGGCUUCCAACACGAUUUCUUGGGGCCGACAGGGAGUAUUUUCGUGGGCGGUGCCACCAAGGGCAAGUUGAUCCAGUGCAUCCAGUCCGCCUGCCCGACGGUGAUCAUGGACAACACCCCAGGCGUGAGCAAGCAGUGGGGCUCCCUGGUGAGCCUCAUCCGGAGGGUCCUGGACAGCGUCGCGAAGAAAGAGUUCAGGGCGUUGGGACACUGUGGCGGAUCAUCCGAUAUGUGGGACAUGCUGCCCCCGCUGACCGACGGAAUGUCGAUCCUGCAGGCCCUGUCGCCGAGCCGGGUGCUGGACUACAUUGACACCAUGUUCAGCACCGUGGCCAUGGAACAGCGGAGCCGGCUCACGCUCGGCGACGUGGUGUUCGUGCUGGAGACGGCAAAGUCCAGGCCGCAGACAUUCAAGGAGGCGGUGCAGGUCCUGAAUCCCUUGGAGGACUCGCCUGAGGACGCCAUCUGCUGCGUGACCUCCAUGCUCUGCAGCAGCAUGAGCGCCAAGGAGGCGAGCCCAGCACACCGCGGACUGGUGCUGCAGGGCUGGCGGUUGCACCACCGCCUGACCCGCAGGGCGGACACGCAGAGGCGCCUCGCCACGCUCCUGGCCGUGGCCACCUCGGUCAUUUUGCUGGCCUCGAUUUGCGUCGCGGUGGCGCUCAUCGACGGGCAGCUGGAGGGCGUGCGACUGGACGAAGGGCGGCUCGAGCAGUCGCUGGAAGUCGACGGGGGCCUCGGCUCUGGCGAAGAGGAACCCCUCGGUUCCUGGCUCCGCCUCGCCCUGAGCGUCGCCGCCGCGGCCCUGCCGCUGUUGGCCGGCGCGCUCGUGAGGCUGCACGGGCGCCUGCGGCCCGUGCAGGAGGCGGCCCGGGCGCAGCUGGCCGCCGCCCAGGUCGUGGCGGAGAUCUACUUCUUCCUGGGCGGGACCUGCAGGGCCGCCGAGCCCGACCAGGCCGACCAUGCCCGACGGCUCGCGAGGCGGCUGCGGGAGAUCAGCGGCGAGGCGCUCGCCGGGCUCGCCGACGGCGGCGACGACGACGACGGCCCCGCCCCUGACUUCGCGGCGGACCCCGGGGCGCUGCGGCGGCACGUCAGCCUCUCGCUGUACGGAGUCUCGGAGCGCGGCGGGCGGUGUAGCCAGCUGCUCGCCUGCCUCGGCGGCGGCGACCCCCGCGACGACCUGGCGCAGGGCGGCGCGGACCCGUUGCUGCCCGUCUCCGUCGAGUCGUACGUGAGCACGCGCAUGGCCCCGCUGGCCAAGCGCUACUCGCGCUGGGCAAGGGCCAUGAACGCCUCGCGGACACACUUGGGGCUCCUUGUGUUCCUGCUCCUCUGCGGCGCGACGGUGCUCGGGGCCAUGGGCCUCGUCGUCGUGAUCCCGCCGACGCUCGGCCUCGCGUCCUGCAUUGCGACCCUGCAGGCACGGCUCGCGCCCGCGGCGUCUGUCUCGGCCGUCAAUUACGCCCUGAGCGCCCUGACCAACCUCGACCUCCACUGGCACGGGCUGAGUGUCGCGGAGCGCAGCUCGGAGGACACAAAGCACCGGCUGGUCUCGAGCACGGAGCAGAUCGCUCUGGCCGUCGCCAUGGCCGUGACCCAGAUUCCCGAUUUGGGCGACGACGACGAUGAGGACCAGGACGGCGGCCCCAUCGUGGGCCGCCACGCCGCGCGCGGGGCGGCCACGGCGCCCUGCGGCCGCAGGCCCAAGGGCGCCGUGACACCCCGGAGCGGCGGCACCCCUCCCCCGAGCGCGCGCGUGGCCAGGGUGUGGUGA